AUGAACAGUGCGACGGACGAGACUCAACCAUUGCUUCGAGAUGCAGACGUCGAGGGAUCAGACAAAGCCGUGGAUGAGGACAUUGUCGACUUCGAUCCCAAUGACGACUCGGAGAAUCCUCGAAACUGGCCUAAGGCUUACAAAUGGGGAAUCGUCGCCUUGCUCGCCUUCAUGUCCUUCACGGUAACAUUCACCUGUAUUUCCGUUGUUCCCAUAGCUAGCGCCAUAGUAUACGAUUUGAGCGAAGGACACUCUCGGAAAUCCGCCAGCGUUCUCCUCGUUACAAUCUGGGAACUGGGUGAAGCCGCCGGACCGCUUUUCAUCGCGCCCUUGUCAGAGAUCUUUGGCCGCUCCUCUGUCUACAACGUGGCCAAUGUUCUCUUCGUCGCCGCGACCGUCCUGGCGGCAUUGUGCCAGAACACUCCUCUUUUCAUUGCCGCAAGAGCUCUGACAGGCCUCGCGGUGGCGUCGAAUGUGUUGAACCCGGCCAUUGUGGGCGAUAUGUUCAUCUCUGAACAAAGAGGCUCGGCCAUGAGUCUUAUCAUGAUUGCACCUCUGGUCGGGGGUGCUGUGGGACCGGCAAUCGCCGGUGGCAUUGCUCAGAGCCUGGGCUGGCGACAGGUGCUUUGGAUGGCUGUUAUCUUGGCCUGUACAUGCGAAGUGAUAUUCCUCAUCUGCUUUCGCGAGACGUAUAAAGUGACCAUUCUGAGCAGAAGAGCUGCCAGAUUGAGGAAGGAGACUGGCAACCCUGCCCUGCGGACCGUUUUUGAUACCGAGGAGAGUGAUGAUGGUCCCAACGUUGAUGAUGAAAAAAGCUCAAAUAAAUUUUGGAGAUCUAUCAUGCGGCCGGCCGUCGUGUUUUUGGGUUCGGACGUGCUGCAGGCCAUGUCACUUUUCAGCUCCCUACUCUUCAGCUAUUUCUACAUCAUGUCUACCACGCUGCCUGAUAUCUUGCAAGAUCUAUAUGGCUUGUCACCAGCCUUGACGGGAUCUGUUUUUAUCACCUUCAGUAUUGGUUCUGCAGCUGGCCUUGUGCUUUGCAAUCUCACUCUGGACAGGAUCUACGUCAAUCUUCGUGACUCUUCUCCGAAGGGCAUUGGACAACCAGAGUACCGACUCCCCUUGGUCAUCGUUGGAGGCUUCGGAGUCCCUCUUGUCGUUGCAGCGUACGGCUGGAUUGCUCAAGCACGUCUUCCCCUGUGGUUGCUUCUCAUAUCGCUGGGCUUGCUAGGGUCGACAUUUAUACUCGGCUUCUUACCUCUGUUGGCCUAUAUCGUGGACACAUUCAAACUCUACUCUGCCUCUGCCAUGACCGCCAUCAUCGUCACACGAUGUCUGAUGGGCACGUUCUUGCCGCUGACGGUGGAACCUUUAGUUAAGGGGCUUGGGUAUGGCUGGGCAUUUACCGCUUUAUCUAGUGCUAGUCUUUGUCUCGCGCCGAUUCCAGUGCUGCUUCUCAGAUACGGAUCAAAAUGGCGGCAACGGUCAGAAUACACACAGGAUGAAUGA